UUUUUGUACGCAAAUCUGGCAACCUCGGGACCUUCCCCGCUAAACUAACAGACUAUUACGGACUCAGAAGACUCCAGGCUCAGUAGUAGUGCGUUGGUUACUGUGAAUGCCAUGGCGGAUAACGGUUAUGGCAAUGGGAUGCAGCAUUAUCCUGGAAGGAAAACAUACAUCAUGUACCAUGGCACUACAAUGGAAAAGGCACUGAAGAUCCAAAGUGAAGGAUUCAGACGCUCUGCUGAUGGCAUGCUCGGGCCAGGAGUCUACGUGAGUCGGAGUAAAGAGAAAGCUUCUCGUUACCCUUUGAAUGCUGGAGGAGAGCAGCUGGCCAUCCUCAAACUAAGUGUUCGAGUGGGAAAAGUGAAAAGGAUCGAUUCUCAAGGUCAUCGCUUACAGAGAACCUGGCAUCAGCAUGGUUAUGACACUGCUUGGGUCCCUGCAAACUGUGGAAUGGUAACCAGUGGAUUAGAAGAGGACUGUGUUUAUGAUCCAAGCCGGAUCAAGGUUCUUGAGAUUCUUCCGAACUAAAAUGCUAGAACCUUUAUUUUUAUUACCUAAAUUGUAAAGAAAAUUGUAAAAAGACAUGCAAACAUGCCCUUCCACUGAGUCUUGUUAAAUGGUUUAUCUGUAAAAACAUUUCAUGUAAAUGAAUUAAUCAAUCGAUCAUUCAUAAAAUAUAGCUGUAUACUUGUAUGUCAGUGUAAGUCAGCCUUUAUUUACGAAGCACAUUUAAAAACAUCAGAUGUUGCUGUACAAUUUAAGAAUAGUUUUUAAACAUAUGGCACAAUGAGCUGACUUUGAGACUCAAUAAAACCUAUUUGCAUGUCUGUUA